GUGACGCUCGCCUACGUCAUUCCACCUCGACGUUGCUGCUGCGGCUGUCAGCUUCAAAAAUGGCUUCUAGGCUGGAGAUAAAUUUUAUCAGGUUGUUGUCCCGCUGUGAGUCUAUAGCGUCGGAGAAACGAGGAGAAGCAGAAUGGAGGUUAGAAAAGUAUGUCGGUGCUCUGGAGGAGAUGUUGGUGGCUCUGAGGAAAAGCGUGAGCAAACCCACGGCAGAGUUACUGACUGAAUACACGAGAAAAGUAGGCUUCCUGAAAGGACUUCUUGAGGCAGACAAACUGUCUUCAACAACAGAGAAGGCUCUAGCGAAUCAGUUCCUCGCUCCCGGACGAACCCCCACAAUAGCCAACGAGAGGAUGCCCGUCUCUAAAACCGUCCACAUGCAGACGAAGGCGCGAUGCACCGGCGAAAUGAGGGACGAGCUGCUCGGCACGGGGCUGUCAGGCAAUGGCAUGUCAGAAACAGAACUACGUAACAGAAGAGGGGUUCCUCUGGACGAGCGUCAGUCGGCGGCUGAGCUGGAGGCCGUGCUGCAGCAUCAUCACAACCUGCAGGAGAAACUGGCCGAGGACAUGCUGAACCUCGCCAGGAACCUGAAGAACAACAGCCUGGCCGCGCAGAACAUCAUCAAGCAGGACAACCAGACUCUGGGCCAGUCGAUGCGUCAAGCCGAUCUGAACUUCGAGAAGCUGAAGACGGAGUCGGAGCGCCUGGAGCAGCACACUAAGAAGUCUGUGAACUGGCUGCUGUGGCUGAUGCUCAUCCUGGUCUCCUUCUCCUUCAUCAGCAUGAUCCUCUUCAUCAGAAUCUUCCCCCGGCUGCGAUGAUGACCGUCAACAACCCCCCCGCCCCCCGAACUCUUAGUGCUUCCUCCUCCUGUGUACGCAGCGGAGACGGACUGAAACGUGCACUUUUGAAAACAGCAUGAUCUUCUUCCUGAAGGUUCAGAGACGUGGUUUAAGCAUCAGUUUCCUUUUUUUAAACAGGAUACCAAAUGAAUGGAGGUGAAGAGCUUCCUGUUGGAGUUUGUUGUCUUAGUGCCCAGAGAGCAGCGAGUAAGCCUUAAUUAUUUUAUCAUCAGCUAGACUAGCCUCGUGAACAUGUGUGUGCAUCAUCACGCAGUGCAACUUAAUCAUCUUCAAACAUCCUGAAGAGUUUACAAGCCGUCCACCAGAGUCUGUAUACCAGACGCAGUUCAAACACUAUAAUAAAUGGAUUAAGUAUCUAAGAAUCCUGACUUAUAAACAUCAGUGGAUAUACUCAAACCUGAAAUAGUUGACUUUAACUGCAUUUAUGAGCACUGGUUUAAUAAAUGAUUUAAUGUACGGAGGUGAAAAACAUCUCAAUAAACUGCUGCAAUAAAUACACGACUACUUUUAAACAC